UCUGCUCACCUGACGCCAAAUGAUAAUAAGUAUUUCCGUCCCGUCCUCUUUCAGGAGGACUACGACCGCCUGAGGCCGCUGUCCUACCCGAUGACCGAUGUCUUCCUCAUCUGCUUCUCGGUGGUAAAUCCUGCCAGCUUCCAGAACGUGCGUGAGGAAUGGGAGCCUGAGCUGCAGGAGUAUGCACCCAGUGUCCCGUACUUGCUCAUUGGCACCCAGAUUGACCUUCGCGAUGACCCCAAGACCAUUGCCAAACUGAAUGACAUGAAGGAGAAGCCCAUACUCACUGAGCAAGGACAGAAACUAGCAAAAGAGAUCGGUGCAUGUUGCUACGUGGAAUGUUCAGCUUUGACCCAGAAGGGCCUGAAGACGGUGUUCGACGAGGCAAUCAUCGCAAUCCUCACCCCUAAGAAAAAGAAGGGCGCUUUAAAGAGAAGACUGGGACCGCGCUGCAUCAACUGCUGCCUGAUCACGUGAUACAAACCCAGAGAACGUUCGGCAACCGAGCAUGAAACCAAACCUCGACAAGAGGCGAAAGAAACGACAAGAGGGACAGACAGCAGGGAGAGACAAAGGACUGAAAGAGACAAACAAGAGCUGUUUUUCAGCUGCGAGGCUCUUGAAAGGCCGUAACUCUUCUGCUCUCCAGCACAGGUUGAUGAUGCAGUUUACAACCAAAGGAGCACAAAACCCUGGUUUCUUCUUUUAAAAGGCGUUUGCCUCCAAAAUACCUUCUUUUAUAACCAUUUUUUAUCAUUUGUUUUCAUGUACAAAAUUGUUGUACGGUGUCAUGGGAAAGAAAUAACACAAAAUUACAUUUUAGUUUUAAGAAAAAUGCUAUAUUUUAACUUUAGCAUAUUAUGUCUUCUGUUUUGAAAGCAAGAUUAUUGAUUUGUGCAUUUGUGUCUUCAUAAGAUCGGAGAAAGUCUGCAGUUGAUCAACAAUGAGAGGCUUACUUAAGUGACACUGUGACAAGAGACACGUUACAUUUCUGGACACAGAGCGCUGCACGGAAAACGUCUUUUUGUUAACUAGUAAAAAGCCAACAGGAUUUUUCCGUUGGAUUUUGGGGUGUUGCAAAAAAAUAAGCUCUGUGGCAAACUAAUGUUUUUUGUUCAGUUAAGAUAAUCUUUGCAAAUUAACACCACUUUUUGGAUUCGUCUAUUGUGAAUGCAAUCAAUAGAAGUAGAAAGCUAAUUUUAGAAUAUAAGCAAAUUAUUCCAUGAGAGCUAAAAGCGGACAGGCUCAUCUCACCACUUGUUACCAACCGGCUCUUAUGAGAAACAUAAAAGCUUCAGUGAGAUAUUCUUGUAGAUUGCAGAACAGGACGUUCUCCACAGACCUUAUUCCAGGCAUCUAAACGUUUAAAAAAACACAUUGAGACGAGGGAACCGGUGGAUUGAAAAUGCACACUUUCAUUCGGGGGUUUUAGGACUAAUUCCUGCAGCGCUCCAAACGGCAGUUUCCUGAGCCCCAAUUUAAGGUUUGUGCCUCAGAGAGUCUGUUGGCCUCCAAAGUCUGUCCAGUCAUUUGCCAACUGUGGACCUGCAAAUGAAACCACAGGUGUCUCGCAUUGCGUGGCGGAUAACUGAGUGCAAUGCUUUUCAGAGAACACAGUUGGGAGUCUUUUUUCGCCUUCUGAAAACCCUAAUUUAUAGUGUGGCACAUUGUACGUUAGGGGCUGAGGUCUUUACCUGGAACUGGAGUUUUUUUGUCCAUUUGAAUGAUCUAGAUCUUAUCAUUUUAUAUCUCUAAGGUGAUCUAGUUUGUGCAAAUAUUAUUUCGUCAGCCGAUUACCCUUUUUGUUUUAAUGUUUUGGUGUCUUGCUGCAAUAAUGCUUUAUCUUUGUAUCACUUUUAAGACGGUUUAGAAGAAGAGGGACCUCAUUUUAGAAAUGAAACCGAUUCACAUCCAACGCCCAAAGAAUCUAGCGAACACUUUCAUCACAACCCGGUGGUGACACAAUACUGUAACGCACAACACGAAGCACAGUCGGCGACACAAGAAAGCACAUUCCUCUGCUUUUAAAUGUAGUUCCACUCCCAGAGAAAGCCGAUUGAAGCACACAAGAUGCACACAGUUCCAUCCGGCACAAGGACUGGCAGCAUCUUACCCCGCACAUCAUUGUCUCUAAAAUACCAAAAAGAAGCAGAUCCAAACAGUUUUGAAGAGAUACAAGAAGGGUUGCAGCAGCUGUUUGUACGUGCAAACUUGACUCCGUUUUAAUGAAAGUGGUUUACAAAUCACAGAAUCAAAAUGUAAAGUUGCAACAAGUUGCUGAUAAUCUUUUACACCCAAAAACAGACGUAGCUGUUGCGUUAGCCAGUGAAAGGUGCACAGUCAAAACUUCUAACCUACCGAUUUAGAGAUUAUAGUAAUUCUACAUUAAAACAUCUUUUUGACCCAAUAUACCUCAAAUUAGAAAAUCACAAUUGUGACUAGCAAACAUUAAAAACCUUUGGCCUGCGUUCUUUGAGUGAUGUAAAACACAACGUCAAACAGCACAAGUAUCAGUAGGCCACGUAAAAACUGAAAUAAUUUUGUCAGUUAUUUUAAAUCCCUUGAUGCUUCAAUGACUGCAAGCGUCUUUCCAUGGAUAAUGGAAAAAAAGUCAUCUAAUGACUUGUUCAUUUCAGAUAUUUCUUCUGCUUUUAUUGUGCAACCUAUCACAACGCAUUGUAAAUCACAAACCUAUAAGGGACUUUAUAUACAAACAAAAGUGAUGGAUAUACGGAUAUAGUGAUGGAUAAAUAACUGGUGCAACCCUCAAUAAUAGUGUAUGCAUUAAGUUCUAUGGUCCUUACUCGACGGCUGUAGGUGUUUUACAUUAACAGUUCGACUGUUAAUGUAAAACACCUACAGCCGUCCACCGAUGCGAUUGGCACACGAUCCACCGGCUCGUGUGCCAAUCGCAUCUUUCAGGCAACACUGUUGAACCAGAAUAUCCCAUUAGAACAGAUACCAAUGCCACUUCAAAUAUACAUUUAAAGGUCAUAUUUUAGAACAGCGUAACCAUCUCCACCCGACCAAAACAACACUGUGCCACACAGAUUUCAAGCUUACGUCGUUGUGAUCAAACUUUUCUUGCCAGCUCGUCUUAUCAUUACGCAUUCGUUAUCGGCCUUUUCUCACUUACUGCUUGUUUGUUUAAAAAGACAUUAAUGAACUCUUGCUUAAAGACAACCGUUCAUUCUGUCAUGAGUGGGAUUAUACUGAUUGAUCAAAGCUUUACUGUAAACGGUGCUCCUCCUAUCUGUCAGUUUUCGCUUGCUUACGUUGUGUGAAGGUCCCCCCCCCUCAGGACACAGGACCGAAGUGCCGCAGCCACCAAUGCGCUUCUCUUCCAAAUAAAUGUGUUUACUGUGUUAACAAACCGGCUUUGGAGGGCUUAACUCCGUCACACGGCAUUUGUGAAAUUAACUUCUGCAGCGUUUGUUCCUGGAACCAAAGUGCGUUCAUGCUCAUCAUGACAUCAGUGGGUUGACUUGAUAAGUAGGUCAACUAUGAGGCAAAUGAAUACAUACAGAUAUUGUGUUUAUCAAUGCAUGCUCUGUUUAUAAAGGUUCCUGUUUAUUGUCAA